CACUACAAAACCCUUUACAUCACACCAGCUACAUAACAGACCACCGCUUUACACAAAUCAACACCUGAAUUAAGAGAGUAGAAUUUCCUUUUUAAGGAGAAGGAAAACCCUUGACAAAGAACUUUACUUUUCAAAUUUCCAAUCAAGACAAGAGGACACAUCAUAAGGAUGGGAUCUGCUGGGGUACAGAUUGUAUGUGUGGCCCUUGGGGUCCUGGGCCUGAUCGGGGGCAUUGUGUGCUGUGCCAUCCCUAGGUGGAAAGUGUCAUCAUUUACAGGACAGAACAUCGUAACUGCACAGGAAACUGAAGAGGGCCUGUGGAUGACCUGUGUGGUGCAGAGUACUGGCCAGCAGCAGUGUAAGAGCUAUGAGUCCCUGCUGGUCCUGCCAUCUAACCUGCAGGCGGCCCGCGCCAUGACCAUCAUCAGCUGCAUGGUCACCUCCCUGGCCAUCCUCAUCUUGUUCGCCGGCGCCGACUUCACCACCUGCGUGGAGAAUGAGGACAUCAAGCCCAAGAUCAGCAUUGUGGCCGGGAUCGCUCUGUUGGUGUCUGGCCUCCUCCUCAUCAUCCCUGUCAGCUGGUCCGCCCACAACGUCAUCAGCAACUUCUACAACCCCCUUGUGGCCCAGAAGAUGGAGCUGGGAACCUGUAUCUUUGUUGGCUGGGCUGCUGGGGUGCUGCUGAUUCUGGCCGGAGGCCUGCUCAUGUGUUUCAGCAGAGCCAAAUCUGGCAGCUCGGGAGGAACCGCCAAGUACUACGGCAACAGCGCUUCAGCCCCCGCUGCCAACAAGAACUACGUCUAGUGCAUGUAUUACACCUCUGUAUGUUUGUAUGUGUGUAGAGAGAUAGUUUGAUGUACUACACCUCUGUAUGUUUGUAUGUGUGUAGAGAGAUAGUUUGAUGGAAAGGAAAUGGGUCAGACAGAAUGAAAACAAGAAAGGGGAGGGGUUUAAUCUUGAGGAUAAAGAAGGGACAUUAUGAGCGGAAAUAAUGGUUGUAAAUAUUGAAUACUUCAAAAUGGUAAGACUGGUUUAGUUGUAGUUAAUCCAAGGGUCCAAUAUGGUGGUUCAAUUUAAAAUACAAAUAUAUGUUUCUUUUUUGGGGGGGGGACUAACUCAAUAUACUAUAAUAUACUACAAAUCAAAACUGUGUAGGGAUGAUGAUGUACCUACAUUCAUACAGUUUCUUAACUGUGUCCAACUCACUAAGAAUCACCUACAUGAAGGUUAGACAGUCAAGGAGCACCGGAAAUUGCAAAAACGAUGGAUAGAGGAAAUUAUUUUACAAAUUGUGACGGCGAGGAAAUAUAACCAAUUUUCAGUGUGGAUCUCCGGACCUCGUUGAAGUCCAAAUGCAGCCCCCGGGGCAGAAGGAGUUUGACACCCUUGUUGUAAUGUGUUAUCUCGGUGAGUUUUUUAAUGCUGGGUGGCAUGCUUCUAUAAUGCCAUGAAUGAACAACAGAGAGCAAAGUGAGGGACUCAGUGGUCAUGCAUCUCAAAAUACAGGUAUAGUUAAAUGACUGUAUAUAUCAUUUACAUCCAUGAGAUCACAACUUUUUAACUUAUGUAAAUCAGCUUGUCUUAUACUUUUGUUUAUCAAAUAAUAAAUACAUGUUUUUAUUUUA